AUGCAUCUUAUUGUCACUCUCCCUGAGCACGAACGCGUAAAUGGCUUGUUGUGGCUUGGUAGGCAGCAGCUAUUUUAGUUUUGUUUGAAUAUUUGUGUUAUUUUGUGUUUGAAAAGCCUAUAAAAGUGUAAAAUGGGUUCUAAGAAGCAUAAAAAACACAAAUCGGAACGUAAAGAGCGAGAAGAGAAAAAUAAUAUGCUGCUUGAGCGUCCACCGAGUUUGAAGUUGAUUCUGAAAGUUAGUGGAAAUAAUUCCACUCCGGAGCAUGGCAAUGAUUCACCGGCUUACGGGAUUCAGCCGGAGGUGUCGAGCGCGUCGUUUUCCGGCGAAUACUCCGGUGAGCGUCACAAGAAAUCAAAGAAGAAGAAAAAGAAGAAAGAUCGCGAGAAGAAGCACAAACACCACAAGGAAAAGCGUCGCCAUCGGGAUGAUUCGAGUCAGGAGGAUUUUAACAGCGUUGGAGAUGAGAGUUCUCAAGCUCCACCCGAGGGGAGCAUGUUUUAUGCGGCGCCUUCCAUUGCUGGUAGUGUGGGAAGUCCGGCUUCUUUGCCGGUGACGAAGCCAAUGAUUCCGAUGAAGAGUCCCGAGCCGGAGCCUAUGCCGAUUCAGCAACCAGCGACGCCGGCUACCCCGGCGACGCCGAUGAUGCUGGGCAAUCAAGAGAUUAACGCUCCAAGCUCGGUUACUACUGAGGAACCGAUGCAGAGUCCGGUGUCGAUGCAGUCCACAUCGAGGCCCGGAAGUAAAAUGGAAUUCCAUGAUACAAAUUCGAGCCUGGCGGCUCCGAAGACGCCGGGUUCUGACUGUAGCGGGCGGGAGCCCCGGACCUGUGUGCUGAAGUUGAAGCAAAGCCGAUCUCCGCUGGCCCGGUUGCUGGAUCAUUUGCUGAAGGCGCUGGAAAAACGCGAUCCGCAUCAGUUUUUUGCGUGGCCAGUGACGGACGAUAUAGCGCCCGGGUAUUCGACGAUUAUUACCAAGCCGAUGGAUUUCAGCACGAUUCGACAGAAGAUUGAUGAUAAUGAGUACACUUCAGUGACUGAGUUUAGCGAUGAUUUUAAGCUGAUGUGUGAGAAUGCUAUUAGGUACAACCAUUCUGAAACGGUUUAUCACAAGGCAGCGAAGAAGCUGCUUCAUGUCGGCGCGCGACUUCUCCAACCGGAAAAUCUGAUGCGAUCCCUCCGGCCACUGAUGCUUUAUAUGCGGGAGCUGACCUCAAAGGAGCUCGGCUUCGAAUUGCCUGCGUCUGCGGACAAUCAAGACAAUGAUCACCACACGCUGGAUUCCGCCGAUGAAGCUAUGGCCGCAGCCGUGGAUGAAGGGAUAAAUGCUCAAAUCAAUGCCCAGCUUGAGGAGGAAGAGAAACGCAAGCAGAUCCGGUUGGAAAACAAUCCGACCAGCAAGUUUGAACCGUUUGUUGAUGAUCUGACGCCGGAGGAAAUUUUGCAGCAGGUUCAGAGCGCAUCUUUUAAUGCGAGGACGAAACUGCUGAAGAAAAAGUCGGCCAAUAAAAUGGGAUUCUUGCGGCACCUGAAGGAUGGAACUACGACGAUGAGUAUUUUGAUCGAUGAUGUGAACAAUACCCCGGAGAAGGUUGUUUCGUUGGAAGCCUAUACGGGGAAGUUACAGUAUGGAACCGCUUUGCUGCAAGGAUUCAGAGAAGACAGGCGAAAUUUUGCAAAAACCGUGAAACCUCUUAACUACGGAGGGUUCAGUUCAUUUGCGCCAAUUUUCGAUUCACGCUUCUCGAAUCUUUCGAAGGAGGAAUCGGAUUUGGUGCUCAAGACAUAUGGCGAUGAAACCGGAGCCGAUUACGCCGAGAGUAUCAUGAAAUACACCAAGGACAGUCCGUAUGCAGGUGGGAUAGCGCACAGUCUGCUGGAUAUUCUAACAAAUGGUGAGCAUCGGAAGACGUUUUCCACCCUUUACGAAUCCGAUAUGCAACGACAGGAAACCGAAGCGGUGAAACAAACAUUCCCGGAACCGUCAGAACGAGAAGAGGAUUGUCAAAAGUACGCGAACGUUCCAAUCGAUUUCAAUCAGCUCCGGUCGUUGUCCAGUUUAGGAGUGGAUAUGCAAUUUCUGGACGAUUUGGAGUUGCAGCUGAGUGCGGCGAAUAUCACCAACACCUUGCAGCAGUCACUUAAUGCAAACUCGGAUCUCAUCCAGAAGCUGCACCAGAUUCAAACGGAUCGUCUAUCAGCACCUCUGCCGGCCCAUUUGUCGUAUGUCCAGCGGGCGGGCGAAAACGAGAUCGAACUGGCCGCGCAGAUUACUAACAAUUUGACACACAUUGCCAAACAGUUGCCUCCGAUGGCCAUCGCCCCUCCGCAUGGGCUACGAAAGGCGAUGGGAAUGAGUAAUGUUGGUUUGGAGAUAUAUCAGCCGCCUCCGGUCGGAAUAAUCAACCCGCAGCCUAAUCCGGGAGCAACACCUGGUCAGCACAAUGAUGGCAACCCACCUUCGAACGCGGAUAUCAUUGACACCACACCGAUGGACAUGGACCUGGAGCCGGAAACAAUCACCCAUCAUCACCACCAGCAUCAUCAACAGCAUCAUCAUCUCAAUCCGAAUCCAUCGCAGGUGGAUAUCGACAGCGAGCUGCGAGAACUGCUCCAAAAUAGUUCCAACGCGGACAGUGUUGGGGGUGAGCCCGAUCCAACCGCUGGUAUCGAACACAUGUUGAUGGGUUGAAUGAAAUUCGUGAUAUCCGCGAUCGGAAUGUGACCGAAGAAUGUAUUUUAUAAAAAUCGCAAAGGUUGCGGGUGCAGGGAGAAAAAAGCAAAAUAUUUCAAUUAUUUUUGAAUAUAAUGUCCAAAAUUA